AUGAGCACCAACCCCGUCCAGAAGGCGUUCGGCGCUGGUGAUACCGGGGAUGACGAGAUCCUCUACGGCUCCGGCUCGCCCGUGAGCAGAAGCGAAGGCCAGAGACUCCACCAAGAAAACGUCGACUCUCUCGGGCAAUCCAACCCCGGUGCCGCCCAUGGCGAACAACAACGAUCCGAAGGUCUCACAAGGAGAGAUGAGACGGCAGCCGACGACGAGAGAGACACGGAUACGGGCGACGAGCCAAAGAAGAGAGGCUUCUUGAGCAAAUUGAUGGGAAAGAGCGACAAGGACGAGCAGCCCCGAGACAUUCCCUACGAAAAGUGGCGCGAAGAGCACGGCGUUACUGGCGCCAGCCCCGGCGCCGCCGGUGCCGCAGCACUCGAGGCCAGAAGGAAGCAGUCGUCGGACGAUGCGAGGCAUGAUGGCGAAGAUUCAGAAAAGAAGGGCGGUCUGUUGAGCAAGUUGAGGGGUUCGAAGAGCGACAAAGACGAUAAGUCUCGCGAAGCAUCGUCCGAACACCAUCGCGAAGAGACAGGUGUGGCUGCAGCGGGCACUGCCGGCGCGGCUGGCAUUGGCGGCCUAGCCUAUGAAGAGCAAAGGAAGAAGUCUGAGGAACCUGGCGAAGAUUCGCAGAAGAAGGGCGGCUUGCUCAGCAAGUUCAGGUCCUCCAAGAACAAAGAUUCCGAAGCAUCUGCGUCGGAACCGACAGCACAUGACAACGAGCUCGGACAAGGAGCGACAGUGGCUGGAGCAGGGGCUCUCGGCGCCACCGGCGUCGGCGCAGCCGCCUAUGAGUCCCAUCCUCGCGAUGACGCCGCACACGAACCUAACCCUCGCGUAAAUACGCAUGACGACGUGUCGAGAGCCACGUACACCGAACGAGCGCAUCAUCUGGGCUCGAACGAACACAACUCGUCAAACGUCACCGCGGUUUCGCAGCCGCCGCCGACGACAGAUAGCUCCCACUUUGGUCGGGAUGCCGCGCUCGCGGGAGCUGGUGCAGGUGUAGUCGGUGGCGGUGCAUACGCUGCUACCAGAGGCCACGAUCAACCGACUUCGUCUAAUGUCACCGCGGCAUCGCAUCCGCCUCCUGGAGCAACGACGACAGCAGAUAACUCCCAUUUUGGUCGAGAUGCUGCGGUUACCGGCGCCGGUGCAGGUGUAGUCGGUGGAGGUGCAUACGCCGCUACCAGAGGCCAUGACCAACCGGCUUCGUCCAAUGUCACUGCUGCGUCGCACCCGCCUCCAGGAACCGCAUCGACAUACACCGAACGCUCAUACCCACUACCUUCCGGUUCGGAAGCCCCAACGGCAGCACCAGGAACGACUCCCAGCGACUCCCACUUGGGCCGUGACGCUGCACUCGUAGGUGCUGGCGCAGGCGUGGUUGGCGGCGGCGCAUACGCCGCCACUAGAGACCGCGAGAUUGUGGCGCCCGAAACCACCAGCGGUGAAAUCAUGCAGCGCCCGCGCCCAGAGCAGAUGGACAGCGUGAGCAGACUGCACGUCCCUGGCGAGUUUCCGAGAGAAGAUGGCAUGGAUCCCCAUGCGCCGUCUGGCGUCCCAGCUUCCACUGCCGCCCCAGUGGCGGUGGCAGCGGCACCAGUCACGCUGACGCCAAUAACGCACACCAGUCAUGCGCCCACUGCAGCACCUAUCCGUGCUGCGACGAUCGGAGCAGUGACUGCAGGCGCAGGUGGCGCAGCAGCCGCGUCUUCCGGAUUAGGUGAAGAGGGAGCGCGCGAAGUCGGCCAUUCAAACCGUCAGCGCUUCUUUGGCCGACCCGAAGCAAGAUCGCAUAUCAUUCCACAAUUCGCAGCGACGGAAAGCCACACUGGCCGUGAUGCGGCAUUGAUCGGAGCCGGCGCUGCAGGCACUGGCGCCGUCGGAGUAGCGGCCGUCGAGGCUCGCAGGGACGUCAAGGCUCCACAGGGACCCGCGAAAUUCAAUCAUCCACCGCAAGGCGCAGGGAGAGUCGAGCCCCACGACACCAACGUCAGGACCGACCGUCCCGAGGCCGAAGACCGCAACAUCAACGCCGAAAAGCCCCAACACGACUACGGCCGCGACGGAGCUCUCGCGGCCGCCACCGCCGCCACAGGAGGCGCAGCAGGCUACGAAGCAACCAGACACCACGAAGACGACCACAACGGCAAAGCAGCCGUCUCGCCCGAUGACAACCGCGUGUCUAUCGACCCCGACGGCCGCCAUCAUCUGCACAAGAAGAGCGAGGAGCAGGCCGGGGAGAAGAAGCCCGGCUUCCUUUCGAAAUUGCUGCAUCGCGAUAAGAACCGCAAGGAGAACGACGAGCCGGACAGCCCGGGGAGUAGGGAGUAUGCGCAUCAGCAGCAGAGUAGUCCAGAUGCGGUCACGGCUGCGCAGACUGCUUCUGCGGGGCAUCCUCUUGCGGAGGGCGGGACGGGGAAGCAAGCGGCGGCCGGGUCUAGUGGGCAAUACAUGACCGAGGCUGGUGUGGGGUUGCCUGUGGGCGAGGAUGGGCUGAUUCACAUUGUCAACGAGGGAGCGCCGCCGGAUGCCCCUGCGUUGGUCAUGAAGCACGACGGAUCGGAGGUCUUUCAGCAUAAGCAGGAUUUGUAG